CCCCUGUCCCCCCGAACCGCUCCCCCCCCCCCGCCGGCGACCCGUCUAGUCACUGCUUUCUUGGCACUGGGAGUGUGUACCCAGGCCUUGCCCGGGGUUCCUCCCGGAUGUUGCUGAAACCUGAGGCCCAGAGCCUCGGGACUGGGCAUGGGUGUCCAGCUCCAUUCGGAGGCACCUCCCCGUGACCUGUCGUGCCCCACCUGAAGGUCAUGUGUUAGCCGCCUCUCUAAAAGCUCCCAGCCCUGGCUGUGCAGGUGCCCCGAGCUCGCUGGGUACCACGAGGCUGUGCACAGGUGCCGAGGUGGCAGGGAAGCGGGCUCCGGAGACUCUGGGCUCUGGACACUUUGUCACCCUUCGGGACUCUCCAGGUCCAGCCCCCGGGCUGGCCUCACUCCUGUCUCUGCUGCUGAAAUCACCUGGUCUGGCUCAGGCGACCUUGCUCCGGGUACCAGUUUCCAGCUCCGAGAAGCAGAGGAAGGGCUGUGAACAUGACCCUGCUGGUUUUCUCGGCGGUUUUAGGGGGAACGAGUAGAAGCGUUGGUUCCCAGGCCAUGUGACACACAGGAGCUGCCCUGCCCGGAGCUGGCCUGGGGGCGAGCCAGGGUCCCCCCGCCCCCGGGAUGACUGCGGCCGGCCGUGCCAACCCCUACAGCAUCGUGUCGUCGGAGGAGGACGGGCUGCACCUGGUCACCAUGUCGGGCGCCAACGGCUUUGGCAACGGCAAGGUGCACACGCGGCGCAGGUGCCGGAACCGCUUCGUGAAGAAGAACGGCCAGUGCAACAUCGAGUUCGCCAACAUGGACGAGAAGUCGCAGCGCUACCUGGCCGACAUGUUCACCACCUGCGUGGACAUCCGCUGGCGCUACAUGCUGCUCCUCUUCUCGCUGGCCUUCCUCGCCUCCUGGCUGCUGUUCGGCGUCAUCUUCUGGGUCAUCGCCGUGGCCCACGGGGACCUGGAGCCGGCGGAGGGCCGCGGCCGCACGCCCUGCGUGCUGCAGGUGCACGGCUUCAUGGCGGCCUUCCUCUUCUCCAUCGAGACGCAGACGACCAUCGGCUACGGGCUGCGCUGCGUGACGGAGGAGUGCCCCGUGGCCGUGUUCAUGGUGGUGGCGCAGUCCAUCGUGGGCUGCAUCAUCGACUCCUUCAUGAUCGGGGCCAUCAUGGCCAAGAUGGCCCGGCCCAAGAAGCGGGCGCAGACGCUGCUCUUCAGCCACAACGCGGUGGUGGCGCUGCGGGACGGCAAGCUCUGCCUCAUGUGGCGCGUGGGCAACCUGCGCAAGAGCCACAUCGUGGAGGCGCACGUGCGGGCGCAGCUCAUCAAGCCCAGGGUCACGGAGGAGGGGGAGUACAUCCCGCUGGACCAGAUCGACAUCGACGUCGGCUUCGACAAGGGCCUGGACCGCAUCUUCCUCGUGUCGCCCAUCACCAUCCUGCACGAGAUCGACGAGGCCAGCCCGCUGUUCGGCAUCAGCCGGCAGGACCUGGAGACGGACGACUUCGAGAUCGUGGUCAUCCUGGAGGGCAUGGUGGAGGCCACGGCCAUGACCACGCAGGCCCGCAGCUCCUACCUGGCCAACGAGAUCCUGUGGGGCCACCGCUUCGAGCCCGUGCUCUUCGAGGAGAAGAACCAGUACAAGAUCGACUACUCGCACUUCCACAAGACCUACGAGGUGCCGUCCACGCCCCGCUGCAGCGCCAAGGACCUGGUGGAGAACAAGUUCCUGCUGCCCAGCGCCAACUCCUUCUGCUACGAGAACGAGCUGGCCUUCCUGAGCCGCGAGGAGGAGGAGGACGAGGCGGACGCCGACCCGCGCAGCCCCAGCCCCCAGGCCAGGCACGACUUCGACAGGCCCCAGGCCGGUGGCGCCGCCCUCGAACAGCGGCCCUACAGACGGGAGUCAGAGAUCUGAGCCACGUCGGCCGAGGCGCAGCAUCCUUCCCGCCCGGGGGAGGCCCCGUGUCCUGCCAGGGCCCCCGGGCCCGCGCAGAGGGGGCUUGGGCCCUGGUCGCAGACUCAGUAGCGUUUUAGAUGUCGUAUGCUUCCCCACGAUGGCCUCGGAAGGUUGGCAGGAGAGGGGGCAGGCGGAGCGGCCUCAGGGGCCGGAGCGGGCACACGGGCAGGGAGGCGGCCCCCUGGGGGCCGGGCCGCAGGAGCCAGGGGCUCCCGCCUGAGUCGGAGCCGCAGAAGCGGCUCGGCAGCCGCCCAGCCUCUGUGGGUGCAGGCCAGCAGGCUGCGUUGCGCCUCACUGGUUUUUAACUUGGGGAGAAACACCGGCUUUGGCUUUUCUCAACCUUGGUUUGAGUGAGACUGUUUACAAAACAAAACAAUUAACAUGUGAUUGAAAAAUUUUUAUAAUUCAUGGGGGGGGGAGGUGGGGAGGGGAGGACGAUUAGAGCUCCAUUAGUCUGCUAGGAUGCAAGCAGAAGGAGCCCAAGCCUGGCCUGGCCUCCUCCGUGAAGGCCGCGUGUGCCAGGGGCGAGGUUCUCUAGGCCCACGGGGUGAACGGGCUUCCGUUUGGGAUGGCGAACCAAGGCCGUGUUAACCGAUCGUAAUAAAAGCUUUCCAGUGUUGCCGGGGUGGCGGGGGGCGGGGGGGGGGGCGGUGGUGGAGGGCCAGGAAAAAACCAGCCUGAGCUUUUGAAGUUUGACUCUGUACCUGCGGGGUGCGUCUCCGGGCCGGGUUGGGACCUGCCUGCCACGGAGGCUCUGCUGUCCCCACACCAACCAGUCUCCCGGGUUGCUUCUCUCUCCUUCUCUGCCGGCAGCCUCCACGCCUUCCACGGAGGGGGGGGGCAGUUGCAAACGUAGGAGAGGGGGGCUCCCUGGGAAGGGGAGCCGGGCCCCCGACUCCAAGGAAGGAGGUCAGCCCCGUCCCCACGGGGCCCCAGGGGGAGUCGUGCCUUAGAGACCCCGGGUGGUCCAGUUCCACUUGUCUGUUUUUAUGGGACUCACCCGUCCUCCCCGCUGCCCCUGACCGCCCCCACCCCCCCCCGCCACGAAGUCCCUGCCAGCUCCACUGUCUGCAGACGCUGGGUCGACCUGGCACCUGCACCCCCCCUGCCCCCCAAGGUGGCAGCACAGGUGAGCCCGGGGGGGGGGCACCAGGCUGCACCCCGCUGCCGAAUGCAGAGGGACCUCCUAGGAAAGUCCACUUUCAUCCUUGUCAGCCACACGUCCAGGCACCUUGAUCAGGAAGGGGCUGGGGGCCUCUCAUUUGUCACUGGCUUGUGGCUCUGCGGGGCUAAGAGCUGCCCAGGGCAGGCCUGUUCCUGGCGAGGGAAGCGGCUGGCGGGAGCCAGGCCCCAGGACGGAGUAGACUGCUCUCCUCACGAGCGGCCAGGCGGGUCAGUAGUUGGAAAGCCCAGUCCCCAGCCUGCCUACCUAGGCUGUUCCAGGACAGCUCACCACCAAAGGGGCGGGGCUCCAGCCGGGGCGGGAGACGGAGGCUGCGUGCAGGUGGGUGAGGCCCACGGAGAGGCGGGGACCUGCGGUGGUGGCGCCUCCGACCUCCUCCCCCUUCCUCUUCUCCUGCGGCAGCUGGAGGCCCGGCCCUGAGGUCUGAGUCUGGCUCUCUACUCCCACCCAGAGACACGCCUGACCCACACCCCGCCCUAGCCUCAGACCCCACUCCCAUUUCUGGUCCAGAAGGACCUCCCCGAGGCAGGUGGGGGCAGCGCUUUCUUCUCAGGAUCUGCUGGAGGGGCCUUCGCCCCCUCCGCACCCUGAGCCCGCUGGCUUUCUCACUGAGCCUUAGUCCUGGGGGGUGAUGUGGAGUCCCUGUGGGUCACCCCCACCCCCCACCCCCACCCCCACCCAGAUCUCAGGCUGAGCCGGGAGGGGAGGAGGUAGUCUGGUCCCUCGGGGCGGGCACAUGGGCCUGGCGGCCCAACCCCCGACUCAGCCCAUCCAGGGUAGGGCCCUGGACCCCCCAAGGUCCUGGCCGACCCCGGGGGCCUGGUGCUCCUCCUCUCGGGGCUGCCUGCCUCCAGGCCCCGUGCCUGACGGCUUGGGCCUCGGUCCCUGCAGGAGAGCCAUCCCAAGCUGCCUUUUGCUUCUCACCAAAGGCAGAUGCUACGUUUUUGAACUCUGCUGCCCUCUUUUCCCCUCCUCUGUAUUUUAUUUAUUGAUUGAUUGAUUGAUUGCUUGUGCUAAAGACCAAAAUAGUCUCCCUCUUUAGUGCCCUUGAACCGGGAGGGCGGAUGGGAGGGGCAGUGUGUGCAGAGGGAGGACCACGUGGUCCCUGGGGCGGGUGUGCCUGUGUGUGCAGCGUGGGGCCCACGCUCACCCAGCGAGUGUGCGGCGUGCCGCGUGCUGCGUGUGUGCCAAGCGCGCGUGUACGUGAUGUGUGACUGAUGCGCUGUGCAGGUGGGUGUGUACCUGCCCCGCCCCUGCCCCCGCCCCCCCCCCCCCCCCCGCGGUGGUAUUUCCGGGAAGUUUCCUGACGGCCUGGGCCUGGUGGUGCAGAGGCUGGAGUGGCCCAGGGCCCUCUGCCCCGAAACACCGAGCUGCUUCCGCGGAGAGGGGCCAUGGGGCAAGCGUGUGUGUGCCCCGAGGCGUGACUUCCCACGUGUCUGCGUGUGAGUGAACCGGUCCCGUAUGGCUUUGCCUGUCUGUGCAGGAUCGUGUGAGGUCAUCGUACAGGAGUGGACACGUGUCGUGCAGGUGUGUGCACACGGCGACCUGCGUCUGUGAGUCUGCGCUGAUGGCACCUGAGCGUGAUACGUACGUGUGGGGACACACGCACUCACACGUUCCAGGUGCAUCCACCUGUGGGUCUGUGUGCACUCGCUGUAUACUCAGGCUUUUAAAUGUUUACGAGGCUGGAGGCUGGCACGCCGCACUCAGGAUGGACCCCGGCCGUGGACGUGGGCACAGCUGGACCUAGUGGUCCCACCAGCCUCUGCCUUGGUGAUGUCCACGUGGGUGGGUACGCAUGCUGCACGUGUGGCAGGGUGAGGCUUCUGUGUCCUGGGCACGAGGUGACACCUACACGUGUGCAAACGUGAGCGCAUGCACACGAGUGCAGGUAGGAGGCCUGUGUACACGCGGGUGGUGCCUGCGUGCAGCAGCCGGCCGGGGCUGCAGGCUGUGUGCCUGGGUUCGUGAACCUGUGCGGGUCCCGGAGCGUGUGAGCAUGAAUGUCCGUGGGGGGUGGCGUGUCCACGUGCAGACCCACGCGGGUCGCUCAGAGCCCGGUCCCCCGCCCCGUCCCCCCUGGUGCUGUGCCGCCCGGUCCCCGCCCGCCCGAGGGCCCCGGAGGGGGGUUAGGGGGCCUGGUGGGAAGGAGGCUCCUGCACAAGGGGUGUCUGCCCUGUGUGAGGUCACAUAGACGUCGACUCUAUUUUAAACGGUGAAAAUGAAGAAAUCUCAUGUUAUUUUCAAAUACGUAGCAGUAUCUAAAGACAUAGGCCACGAGACUAGACCGCAUUAAAUGCAUUUGAUCUCUUUGA